AUGGGCUGGUUUCCGGUUGGGCUGGAGGGGGAUGAAAACAAAUGGCGCUUCGACAUCAUCCCCCUGCUUGCUGUGAUCGGCAGCUCUGCGAUUCAAAAGCACAUGCAGGCCAUCACCGCCUCUCCCUUCGCGAUAUUCCCUCGAUUGAUGCCUGCUCCGGAGUCACUUCUCGACACGGAUCGACCGACGCGACCUCCAUCCGUCAAAGACGUCAAGAUUGUGGGCGUUCAUUCGGGCACCGAGUUCAACGAACUGAACUUCUUCGCGAACCUGAUCCACAACGUCGACGAGAUGGAGAAGUACGAAUUCCGCGUUUACAGGAUCCGCUAUGCGACGCGAGAUUCCGAGGACGGGGGAGAACUCAUGAAGAUCCCGGAAAUGAUCGAAAACCACCGAUCCAACCGACACCGAAUCCCCAUCCAACUCAAGACCUUCUGCUGGCUCAACUUCGUCACGCUCAUCUCGAUCCUCAUCACCGUCGGCCUGUACAUCUGGGCCGGGUGCAUCCACGACGGCACCGCCCUCGUCGGCCUAGCCACCAUGUCUUGCUCAACCAGCGUGGCCAGUCUCUCCUCGCGCUGGUAUCCACGACUCACGGGCCGAACGUCGGAAGCGGACGUCCCCAGCGGAGACGUCAUCAUCCGCACCCGGGCCGGGGCUUUCAUCCUCGUCUACGGGGACCAGAAUGUCAUCCGGGAGCUCUACGAGGGCAUGGAGGAUUGCGAGUACAUGUACAAGGGCAAGAAGCAUCACCGGCUGCUGGGAACCAGCACCGUCUUGCUCAUGGCGUCGAUCAUCCUGCUGAGUAACUGUGGCUCCGUCAUGCAGAUUGCCAUCGGUGUGGCUUAUAUCAUUCUGAAUAUCCUGUACUGGCUGUUGGCGUUGCUGGUCGAGCCUCGCGAUCUGUGGGAUAUGAGCAGGUACAACAUCGAAUACGUCGAGCAACGCCCAAGCACCCCCGCCUCCACCUAUACGGAGACGUUGUGGGCGGUCAUCAACAUGUCCGGGAGUAUCGAUUGGGUCGUCAAUGGCGAAUUCACCCCCUCGACCCCUGCUUGGGAUCAGUGGUUGCAGGACGCAAAGGCCCACAUCGGGCAAGAUUGGGAUCCCAUUAAACGCAAGAAUGAAUUGAUGAAUCCCGGAUGGGCGUAUCACAAUGGGCGAUGGUCUGAAUAAGGUGAUAUCGUUUGUCAAAGGGGUGUGAUGCCAUUG